CUUUCCAAGAAUUCAUUAUACUAAUUUAAAAAUGGCACUCAUAUUUUUCAUUCUAAUUUUAAGCCAUCUAGUAGGGGUAUCACAUGCCCAACUAAAAGUUGGUUUUUAUGGCAAAACAUGUCCUGAAGCUGAGAACAUUGUUAGCACUGUUGUACGUCAAGUUGCUGCCUCCAGCCAAAAAGUUGCUCCUGUUUUGCUUAGGCUUCAUUUCCAUGAUUGUUUUGUUCAGGGGUGUGAUGGAUCAAUUUUGUUAGAAAAUGGGGAAAUUGGAGAAAGGCAUGCAUUUGGACAUCAAGGAGUUCAAGGAUUUGAAGUAAUUGAAAGAGCCAAAGAAGAAAUAGAAAAAGUGUGUCCUGGCAUUGUGUCUUGUGCUGAUAUUGUUGCUUUGGCCGCUAGAGAUGCUGUUGUUUUGGCAAAUGGACCUUCAUACGAGGUGGAAACAGGAAGAAGAGAUGGAGUGAUAUCAAAUUUAACAUUAGCAGAUAACAUGCCGGAUGUUAGCGAGUCUAUUCAGAUACUCAAAGCUAAAUUUUCCCAAAAAGGUCUUUCGGAGAAAGACCUCGUCGUGCUAAGUGGUGCACAUACAAUUGGUACGACGGCAUGUUUCUUCAUGACAGAAAGGUUAUACAAGUUUGUGCCUGGAGGAGGUUCUGAUCCAUCGAUUGAUCCGAGUUUCCUCCCUGAAUUAAUGGGAGCUUGCCCACGAAACGGGGACGUUAAUGCUCGAUUACCGAUGGAUCGGGGAAGCGGCGAGGAGUUUGAUAACAAUAUUUUACAGAAUGUUAGGAGUGGGUUCGCUGUGUUACGAUCUGAUGCUAGUUUAUACGAAGAUGUUGAUACAAGGAAUAUUGUCGAUUCCUAUUUUGGGAUUUUUAGCCCAUUUUUUGGGACAUCUUUUGAGGAUGAUUUUGCUAAUGCAAUGGUCAAAAUGGGUAGAAUUGAUGUGCUAACUGGAAAACAAGGAAAAAUUAGAAGUGUAUGUUCCACAUUUUGAUUCUAAUAUAUAUUGUAAACCAUUCUACUUGUUUGUAUU